AUGUCGUCUGACGACGAUUCAGACGAGGACGAGAGGUCACGAUCCUCCGAAAACGACGACUCAGAGGAAGAGGAAGGAGAGGAGCUCUCAACCUCGCGCUUGCUCGCGAGAAGAAGAAGAAGCGCAAAAGCGAGAGAGAAAGUACUCAAACGUGCUUCGUUUGCAAAACUUCUCCAAUUGGCGAAACCGGAUUCCCGAUGGAUUCUGUUCGGCCUCCUGUCCUUGCUCUUCCGCUUACCGUUCAGCGUUUCCAUGCCACACUUCGUGGCGAUGACUAUAGGAGCCGUCGUCGACGGAAACCAGCAAAAAUUUAUGAAAAACGUUCGGUACUUUUUAUGCGCCGGCGUCAUCAACGGAUUGUUAGACUUUUGGAACGUGUUUCUGUUUUCCUUUGCGCAAACGAGAAUAGUGCGACGGUUAAGACGAGACGUGUUUCGUUCAAUCUUGAGGAAAAAAAUCGAAUGGUUCGAUUCGAGGACGACGGGGAGAGUGGCGUCGAUGCUCUCGUCGGAUUGCGGGGAAAUUGCGAGCGAUUUGUCUUGGGUGUUUCGAAACUGCGUGGAGUGCGUGGUGCGAGUUUUAGGGGUGUCGGCGUAUUUAGUGUGGUUGGAUUACCGACUGGGCGCGUUGGCGACGGCGGCGGUGCCGGCGUCGGCGAUAGCGAAUCACUUUUACGGGAAGUGGAUGGCGAGGAAUAGCGCUCGAGUGCAAGAAACGUUGGCGAGCGCGAACGAUGUCGCGCACGAGGCGAUCGGGAACGUGAGAACGGUGCGAGCGUUUGCGAACGAGGCGUACGAGAACGACCGAUAUGGAUUCGCGGUGAGUCGAUGGUAUAAAGAAAGCGUCGAGCAAGCGAUAUUUUCGGGAGGGUAUUUUACCAUAUUUUAUAGCUUGAUAUCGUCGUGUUUCGUUCCGGUGAUGAUAUUAUACGUGGGUGGGAGAUUAGCUUUAGACGAGGACAUGGGCGCGGAAAAGUUGGUCGCCGCGAUGUUGUACCAAUCUCAGUUGCAAGAGUAUUUUGGGCAGCUUUUGAACGCGUUUACGAGUUUAUUCAAAGCGAGCGGAAGCGCGACGGAGGUUUUUAAUUGUUUAGAAGAAGAAGGAGAAGAAGAAGAAGAAGAAGAAGAAAUAGGAAAGGAGAAGAACAAAAAGUUGAUGAAAAUGGACUCGUUCAAAGGUCACGUUCAGUUUCAAAACGUGACGUUUUCGUAUCCUUCCACUUCUUCUUCUGCAACAACAACGAACGUAUUGAAUUCGGUAUCGUUUGAAGUCAAACCGAACGAAGUGGUCAAAUUACAGGGCGUUUCGGGACGAGGCAAGACGACGUGUUUGCACCUGUUGCAAAAAUUUUACAAAGUAAAUCGAGGCGCGAUAACGUUAGACGGUGUAAACAUCGACUCCUUAUCCUCGGAAUGGUUGCGUAAACGCGUCAUAUCGAUCGUCUCGCAAGAACCGGUGUUGUUUUCCGGGACUAUUUUCGACAACAUCGUCUAUGGCUCGGAUGAAUUUGAUGUGGUAUUUGAUGGAAACGGACGAAACGAGAGCAACAUUCCAAGAGAGGUAUACGAACGCGUCGUCAAAGCGGCCAAAGCGGCGUUGAUUUACGACGACAUCGCGUUGGAUUUAUUUUCCAAAAAGAUUGGUGAGCGAGGAUGCACUUUAUCGGGCGGGCAAAAGCAACGCGUAGCCAUCGCUCGAGCGUUGUUCGCGGAUCCGAAGAUUCUCUUGUUGGACGAACCGACGUCGGCGUUGGACGCGGAGAGCGAAAAGAUAGUCAUCGAGGCGUUGAAAAGAGCGAGUAAAGGAAGAACGGUGUUAGUCGUUAGCCAUAGUAAUAAUCAUUUGAUGUUGGAGGAUAGAGUGGUGCGUUUGUAG